CGACCUGACCCCCUCCCCGAAAGGACCAACACUCCCGCCUGCACGCACAACGCCUUGUACUCCGUCCGCCCACGCCCAUGGAGACCACGCCCACCGCCAAGGAAAUGGCCGACGCGGCCAACCGCAAGCGCAAGAUGACGGCAUCCACGCCACCGCCCGGCCUCAAGCGCGGCAACAAGCUGUCGCGGCCCGCGGCCUCCGCCAGCGCCAGCGUGUCCAACGGCGUGACGCCGCCCGUGGUGACGCCGCAGGGCUCGAUCCACACGUCCGAGCAGUUCAUCGACCACCAGCGCGCCAUGUUCAGCGCCGCCGUGGCCCCCACGCCGCACGGACCCGUGGAGCAGAUGCCGCCCACGCCCGCGUUCGUGAACCGCAACGGCUUCAGCCACACGCCCGACGGCUUCGCGUCCACGCCCAGCGACGGCUUCCCGUCCAACAGCGCCAUGGCGCAGCAGUCGACCGGCUCGGCUUCCACCCCCGCGGACGACGGCAACCAGGCGGCGGGCGCCACCGCUGCUACUGCUAACGGACACUCGUCGCACGCGCCCACGCCGUCGCCCGUGCCCCGCGCGGCGCCCCUCAACCUCCGCAACUUUGCUAACUGGGAGGUAGGCAGUCGCUACACGCUCGUGCGGCUCCUCGGCAAGGGAUCCUACGGACAGGUCGCCGAAGCCUUCGACACGGAACGCCAGAAGAAGGUGGCCAUCAAGAAGAUCAUUAACGUCUUCGACCAGGAGAUCGACUGCAAGCGGUUGUACCGCGAGAUCUACAUCUUGCGCCGUCUGAGCCAUCCGCAAGUGAUCAACCUGAUAGACGUGAUCCCGCCCGAGAACUAUGACACCUUCACGGACCUGUACCUGGUGUUCGACUUCGUUGACACGGACCUGCACAAGCUCAUCAUGAGCCCGCAGUACCUGACCAUUCGCCACAUCCAAGUCUUCCUGUACCAGCUUCUGUGCGGCCUCAAGUACAUCCACUCGGCCAACGUUAUUCACCGCGAUAUGAAGCCUGCCAACAUUUUGCUGAAUGAAGACUGCACGCUUAUGAUUUGCGACUUUGGUCUCUCGCGUGUUAUGGAAAGCGAUAUGUCGAUGGAGGAGCUGAGCAAGCACUUGUACUCCCCGAAGGAUUCGAAGUCGCCGACCACGUCGGACGGAGGAACCACCUCGGCCCCGUCUCCUGGCAGCGCAUCAUCGACGCCCUCUUCUGGCGAAUUUCCGAAGAUGCGGCGGCAAUUGACGAAGCACGUUGUUACGCGGUGGUACCGGGCACCGGAGCUUAUCCUCCUUCAAGAUUACGAUUUUUCCGUGGAUAUGUGGAGCAUUGGAUGCAUUUUUGCCGAGCUGCUCAGCAUGCAGGUCGAGAGCUGCCCUCGAUACCAGGAGCGAGUGCCCCUUUUCCCCGGCCGCUCGUGCUUUCCGCUUAGCGCAGACCGCCCCACGACGUACUCGGACAAACUGGAUCAACUAAACGUCAUUUUCAACGUGAUUGGCACGCCUGGCGAGGACGACAUUGGCAGCUUGGGCGAAGUCAAGCAGUACCUGCGAAAGCUGCCGAAAAAGGAGCCGAGGGACCUUCGUGAGAUGUACCCGGGCGCACCUGCCGACUCGCUUGACUUGCUCAAGCAGAUGCUGUCAUUUAAUCCCGAGUGCCGAAUUUCGGUUGACAAGGCCCUCGCCCACCCGUUCCUGGAGUCAGUACGGAGGGCUCAGUCGGAGUCUGUAGAAGCCAACCCGUUCGGGAUGGAGUUUGAAAACGUUCCUCUGAACAAAGAAGCUCUGAAAGCCCGUAUCUUCGAGGAAAUCAAACUGUUCGCGGAUCGCAAUAACCGGAGAUGA